AUGGCUUUCAGCCCAAUUGGAUUGCAAAGCCUUCCUGUCAAGUUGCUUUACGAGGUUGAACUUUACUCGCUGUCGAAAAAUCUCCCUCUUGUCUCCAGCCAUUUCUACGAUGUGUAUAAGAAUGCACCAUUAUUCUUUCACACCCAAUAUAUUCUUGGCCGCGUUAUGACCAGUGCCGAUCUUGACCUGUCCAAAGUCUACACUCGAGCACUUCACUAUCCCCUCUGCCAUCUUCGGGUUCUCGAGAUAAUCCACGGCUUGCUUAACGAUCGCUGCCCCUCAAAAUUGCAUGUGCAACUACCACGCCGACUGUUUCGCUUGUUGGUUCAACCACAAACUGGAUGGUCAAACCAAGAUGAGCCCAUCCCUCUCCUCCAGUACCUUUAUCAUACCCCAAAUAUGCCUCUGAUCUACACCAAUGCCAACAAUGGAUAUGCUCUAACAAGAGCUGUACAUGCCAAGUUUCUGCCUCUCGUUCAGUUUCUUCUUGACCAUCGAGCUUCACCUACAUGCCAUGAAGGCCUUGUGCUGAAGGUUGCCAUUCGACAUAAUAGUGUUGAUAUGUUCAAGAUGCUUGUUGAACAGCAUCCAGGUUCCAAGCAGAGGGGCAAGAAACGGAAGCUGGAGGAUAGGGUUCUUUUGGACUCCAAUGUGCUCAAGGUUGCUGUCAUGUUGGAUGCCUGA